GACACUGAAGAGUUGUUGUUUGGCAUGUUUGGAUUUGUAUUGUUCGAAUUUGUAACACGCGCUAUUGCAGAUUCAUUUGUGACCACGUAUUUUCUGUGUUAAUUCCCGCCAAAAAGCUUCGAAGUGUUAUAUUAUCAAACCAAAUAUUAAAUUUGAUAAAACAAUGGGGAAAAAGACGCAAGCAAAUGUAAACAAGAAUAAAGAAAAACGCAAUGCAAGGAAGCAGGAGCAACGUAGAAUCGCGGACGGAAUGUCAAGCGUAAACUCAGCCAAUAAAUUGAAAGAUUUGGCUACACUAUGCAAAGAACUCCUUGUUUACCGGAAUAAUGAAUUAGAAGUAGAAAUGUACAUCCAGCGGGUCACUGAACUGGACAAGAACGUGCUUCAGUGGGCGAUUGACUUGACAGAACGGAAUAUGAAACAUUUAUAUGAAACCUGCGCCUGGGGAUGGAAUCGGGACCGUAAAGUGGAGGAGAUGACAGACGAAGGUGCAUGGUAUCUCGUUGCCAGGGAAAAGAAAGGAACACUACUUGCUUUCUCACACUUCAGAUUUGAUAUGGACUUCGGGGACCCAGUUCUGUAUUGUUACGAGGUGCAGGUGGAAGCAGAAGGUCGGCGACGCGGCCUUGGGCAGCGCGUGCUCAGUGUCCUUGAGAAGCUCGCUGACGCCACGCGCAUGCGCUGCGUACGCCUUACUGCGCUCACGCAUAAUCCCUCCGCCUCUGCGUUUUUCAGAGCUUGCGGGUACAGCUUAGACGAGACGAGUCCGGGCAAAGACGAGGCAGCUCACUACGAGAUCCUAAGCAAAUUGACUGAGAACCAACAAGGUGGGGAUGCGACACAGGAGACAUGUCCCCUCAGUGAUGGCAUGAAGGCCGUACAAGUAGGCAACCCACAAUGACCACAACUAGUCAACUAGAAACGUUAGUUCCAUUUUCCUGUAGACCCCAAGGGUCAAUUUAUAAUAGCAGAAUCGAAACGCAUCGAAGCAUUCUUCUCAGAGUAGUCUGUUAGGAAAUGCAGACCUCAUAUAGAUUUUUUAAAAUAAAUUUUGACGUGUAACACUGGUCUUUUGUAGCCUAUUUACCAAAAAUAAACUCAUUGUUUCAUAACUAUAAUUUUAACAUACAAGCUCUCGAAAAAAUAAUCCUAAUAGGUGUUUCUCCAAAAAGCUAUGUUCAUAAUUGUUCAACGAAAUAUGUAAUUAUUUUCUCAGAUUUGUAAACAUUACAUUAACAAACAUUAUGUAGACUUCUAGACUAAUUGAAAUGGCAGUGUCUGUUUGUAAUAUUGAAAUAACCACGUUUUACUACAUGCAUAUGAAUAUACUUACACCAAAGUAAUAUAUUUUAAAUGUUUGUCUAUCUAUCUCUCUAUCUGUCUGUUUCACAACUCUGUUUGUUCUCGCUAAUCUCUGAAACGGCUGGACCGAUUUUGACGGGACUUUUAUUGACAGAUAACUGAUGUACUAAGUAGUAACUUAGGCUAUUUUUAUUUGUCACAAAGUUCGUAAUCUACCAGCUAGGAAUGUAAUAAAGUUUCUUCAUAAUUAGAAACUUUUAAUCUUCUAUAUUCUCUAUAAAUAUAAAUUAUAAGAAUUAAAAAAAUCGACUUGUUAGGUGACUGUUAAAAGUCACGUUUUUUGAAGAAUCACUUAACUAGUAAUACAUAAUUAGAAUUAUGACUCCUUAGAUAAAUCGUGUUGUUCCAAGGAGGUGGAAUCUUUCUUUUAAUUUAGUUUAAAAAACAAACCGUAUUGCCCUUGCUUAAGAUUAAGUUUCCAGUGACUUAAAAAUGUUUUUAUAUUAAUCAACAGUCAAGUUCAUAUUUGCUUACAUGGAUUAAAAUAGGACAACGAAAGAAACUGAAUUUAUUUGAGCUGCUUUUGAGAAAUUAUCAUGAGUUUACAAGAGACUGUGAAUCAGUUAUUUGAAUAUUUAAACAGUAAUUUAUUUAAGUAAAUCGAUAGAAUAUAAAGCAAUAAGAAAAUAAUUAUGAUAAAAAUCAUAUUUUUGUAAUAAUACUCAAAAUAUUCAGUUCUUUAAUAGCAUAGCAUAUUCAAAAUCAAGCAAUAAAAUAAAAUAGUUUUAUAAUUUCAUAAACGUUAAAUAAGAAUGAAAUGCAUUUAAAAGUAAGCUCAUUAUGUAGGUAUAAUUGGAGAUGAUUUACAUAUACAUACAUAUGUUGAUGGAGAAUAGGAAUAUAUUUAAAUAUUCCAUCACAAAUAAUUAUUAUAUUUUAAUAUGAAAAUACUUAUGUAAUGUUUAAACAUGCAAUGUAGCCCCCAUACGGUUUGCGCAUUUGUUGCGCAGUUUUGCGCACACGGUUUGCGCAGUUUUGCGCAAAAAUCCUGAGUAUGUUAUGAAUGGUAGUGGUAAACCAAAAUAUACAAAGAAUUGUAACACCAUGUUUGUAUUUCUAAGCAAGUGUAAGCAGAUCUGUUAUGCUAUCUCUUAUUUAUCAGACUUUGGGUCGGAGUGUAGCAAAGGGUUGCAAGCAAUUUUUUUAUUUUAUGUAUUCAAUACUUUUUGGUUUCUAUCGUGUAGGUGGGCGAAAAGUGAUCAAAGCGAAAAGUGUUUAUUAUUCACCCCCCGGUGAAAAAUAAACACUUUUCGCUCUGACUUUUCAUACAUGAUAGAAACCAAAAAGUAGUGAAUACGUAAAAUAAAAAUUUUACUUGAAAAUACCAAAACCUAACUAUUCAUGUUAACGUGCUUUCUUAAGAAUUUAAUCUCAGUGCAGAAACUAAUUAUGCAUAUCUGAAUAUACUAUAAAUUGCCAUUAGUAAGCAUAGAUUGCAUGUAGUAAGAAUCAUAAUUAAUAAUCUAUAAUAGAUAAUAAACUAAUAAUGUCUACUACACACGAGGUGAACAGACGACCCCAUAAAGAUAGCAGGAAGCUGAUAGAUGCAGGUCAUAUCCAACCAAUCGACCGUAAAAACAUAGGGGGAGGCCUAACUGCCGUACUCAGAGUCGUUUACUGGCUACUUAAUCCAGUCCUUAGCAAUUGUUUAUUGAACAAAAUUGUUACUAAGGAAUAGUUUCAAGUAAUCAUUAAAUGUCUCUGAGUAUGGCAGUAUGCAUAUGUAUAAUUAUAAUGGCUACUAUUAUUAUGUUUUAGAUAUAAAAAUGAUUGUAAUCCCGACACACGGGUAGGAUAAUGGACACCUAAAUGGCAAAUUCUGCUGCUCAAUUUAUAAACGCAGUAAAGAACAUGUGCAGUAAGUGGUACGCGUUUAUGAUGGUUAAAAUGGUAAGCGUUUAUUAAUUGUGCGGCCAUGUUCUUUACUGCGUUUAUAAAUUGCGCGGCAGAAUUAGUAUUUGUACUCAUUACAUGGUAAAAAGAAUGGUCACUCACAAAAUAGGAAAUGGUAGAACUAAUCUUAAAAGAAAGACGAGAAAUACAAACAAGAUGCUUACACCUUUGAUGACCUACAAAUAGGAUUAACGUAGGAACUUAAUUUAUAUAGUUGUAAGAAAAGUGACGUAAUGAAUUCAAAGUAAUAUCCGCCCCAAUCAGACGCGCUACAAACAACGAUGAUAAUAAUUGUUUUUAAACGUUUACUGUAUAAAUGCUGAGAUUGUUAAUUUUAUACAAAUAUUUUGAGCAAUACAAACAUUUUUGUCAA